GAACGAGGGCAGAAGGCAAAUCCCUUCAAAGCGGUCAAUAUGGGAGUAAAGCAAACUGAUUGAAGGGGAAUUCGGGUAUGGAAAACUGAUUAGAAUCAUUUCAUUGAGCUCUUUGGCAAUGAGCCACAUGGCUGCCAAAUGCAGGAGGGAUGUUCAAAAUGGUUAUUUUGCCUAAGUUUGCGCUCAUUCGUCUUCUGGUGAACCCUGACGGACAUCAUUCGACAUCAAUGAAGUGGCGAUGGACGUUUGUUACGAGAGAAGCACGGCUUGGUGCAGAAUGUCGGACUGUCCAACGUUUUCACCCAGUAAGGACGAGUCUCAACCCUUAACCACCCGGGCCAAGCCUCACACUUCACACGAGACCCUUGGGACCUCCUGCCAGCAAGUGGCAGAAUCACAGAAAACUGAUGGCGGUGAUGUCUGCUUCACCCAUCAAGCCAGACCCAACCUCACGUCAAGGCAUGCGCAUGUGAGUAGAAGGCACAGCGCGGAUGGGACUGGACGACAAGGCCCAGUCGACACGUCUCGUUUCCACCCGUACCUGCGACAGCUCAGUGAGGGUGCGGUGACAAAUGCAGUUUGUCUCCAGCGCGGCUCGUCUCCUUUCAGCAGCCUGCAGGAGGUCUGCAACCCUCAAAUGUGCUGCCUGACAUUCGGCUCAAGCAGCGAGUCGCAAACACUAUGGGAACAAUAUGACUACAAUGAUCAGUGUUCCUACUCCAACCUACCGGCUGUGUCAGAUGAGACUUUUUGUUCCCAUUCUCAACAUUAUCUAUGCUCCACAUCAGCCAGCCCUCCACAAGAGGUCACAACAAGGCCGUACACUACUGAGGAGCAUUCCAACGAGCCAAAUUAUUAUUUUCAGAGUCUCUCCUCUCAAAUUAAUCAGAGGAACAACUCACAGCCGCUCUUCCCCAAGCCCAUUUACUCAUACAGCAUUCUCAUCUUCAUGGCUCUGAAAAACAGUGAAACAGGAAGCCUCCCCGUCAGUGAGAUAUACAGCUUCAUGACUGAAAACUUCCCCUAUUUUAAGACAGCCCCUGAUGGAUGGAAGAACUCUGUGCGACACAACCUCUCUCUGAACAAGAGCUUUGAGAAAUUGGAGGGCAAAAACGGGAACUCCUCCCGGAAAGGUUGCCUGUGGGCUCUCAAUCCUGCCAAGGUAGAGAAAAUGCAAGCGGAGCUGCACAAGUGGCGCCGCAAAGACCCCAUCAGUGUUCGCAGGAGCAUGGCAAGACCAGACGAUCUAGAUCUUCUACUUGGUCAGAUGCCCAAGAAACUGAGGUCAGUGCCACCGUACACCAGACCUGCCAGUAUUUACGGCACCAUGCCGACGUCUUUCAGCCCAACACGCGGCCAACCACCGAGCAGAGCCAGUCGACGUCCACAGCAUUCAUGCGCUCCUUCACCCUCACAGCAGUCCUGUUUACUCUCCCUCACUGACUCCCAUCUCAGCGACUCAUUGGCCUUGCGUGCCCCAUGUAGUCAGCGGCACACCGCUGACAUCCAUCCUGGAAACUUGAACCUAAUUGCGACUGGGAAGGUGCCACUGUCCUACCAUGUCACCCACCAGGACGACUUCAGUGCUGAUCUAAGGAGCCUGCAGGACUCUCAAUCGGAGGGAGAUACUUAUGAUGUGGAUGUACUCAACCCCAGCCUGACUGAUCUGCAGUUGAAAGGUAACCUGUGGGAGGAGUUGCAAGAAGACAGCCUGGGGUCACACCUGCGAUCGGCCCCCACCCCCAUGUGCAUCACCUCUAGAGGGCUUGCAGCCACCCUGUGUCCAACCCAGCUGUGCAGAUACCACAGUGCUCGUCAGUCAGACCUCAACGGCAGCUGCAGUGGGUCACUGUAAAAUGGAGUUUGAGGACACAUCCAGCGGGCAGAGCUUUAAACACCAUGCCUGUUCAAGCGGGUUGUAUCCUGAUGUUUAUUCAGGAGCAGACAAUUUGCUGCUGUAUAUGACCUGCUGCACCACAUCCUUGUUGUAGGUAGGCUACUUAACUGUCAACACCUUCAUAACGUAGAGAUUCUUGAGAACUGACUGUUAUUUGCAUGAGCGUUACGGUAGCAAGCGGCUUCAACAUUGGAUUUGUGACCCAUGUAGCCCUCAAAUCUUUGUUUUCCCGACUGUGUUCACCUCUCUACCUAGUGGUAACAGACCAGAGAAAAGCUCCCAUGUCUUGUGUGACCAAUGCAUUUAAAUAUAAUCUGAAAAAAGUUCUUUGGGGGGAAUGGACAAUUUGAGCAAAGUGAGAAAACAAUGAAACAUUUUCCUGUACAAAUUUGAACCACAGAUGUUAUAAGCUGAGGUGAGGUGUUCAUGAGUCACAGUAAAGUCUGUGAAUGUGAAUCUGUUUUAUAUUCAUUUAUUCAUUUUCCGUAUCGCUUAUCCUCACUAAGGUCGAGGGCGUA